AGAGCAGACUCCCCUGCACCCAGCUGUGUCUCCAUGAAGAGUGACCACUCUAUGAAUAUACCUGUUACCUUUAAACAGUCUGUACAGCAUCAAACAGAGCUGGAGAUGAACCAGGAGGAACUGGCCGACACACUGUGGGGCGAAUCUGCUGCUGUCGAGUGCCAAACUAAAUGCAUGUCUCGUUUGAAGAAGAAGUUGUGGAGUUUGGAUGAGGGAAUCACACAACGGGAGCAAAGACCUCUGAAUGAGAUCUACACAGAGCUCUUCAUCACAGAGAGAGGCAGUGGAGAGGUCAACCAGGAACAUGAGGUCAGACUGAUUGAAACAGCUUCCAGGAAACCAGCCAUGAAGGAAACACCAAUCAGAUGUGUGGACAUCUUUAAACCCUUACCUGGACAAGAUAAAUCAGAUAAACCAAUCAGGACAAUAAUGACAACUGGAGUGGCCGGCAUUGGUAAAACCGUCUUAACACAAAAGUUCACUCUGGACUGGGCUGAAGGCAAAGCCAACCGUGACAUAAACUUCACAUUUCUCCUCACUUUCAGAGAGCUGAAUUUACUGAAAAAUAAAAUGUUUAGCUUGGUGGGACUUGUUCAUCACUUCUUUAUUGAGACCAAAGAAGCAGAAAUCUGCAGAUUCCACCGGUACCAAGUUGUCUUCAUCUUAGAUGGUCUGGAUGAGUGUCGACUUCCUCUGGACUUCCAGAACAACCAGAUCUGGACUGAUGUCACAGAGUCCACCUCGGUGGACGUGCUGCUGACAAACCUCAUCAGGGGCGACCUGCUUCCCUCCGCUCGCAUCUGGAUAACCACACGCCCUGCGGCAGCCAAUCGGAUCCCUGCUGAGUGUGUUGACAGGGUGACAGAGGUGAGGGGGUUCACUGACUCACAGAAGGAGGAGUACUUCAGGAAGAGAUUCAGAGAGGAGACGCUGGCCAACAAAAUCAUCUCCCACGUAAAUAAAUCACGAAGCCUCCACAUCAUGUGUCACAUCCCAGUCUUCUGUUGGAUCACUGCUACAGUUCUGGAGGACAUCUUAAAGAAAUCCCAGAUAAAAGAGAUGCCCAAGAACGUGAGUCAGAUGUACAGCCACUUCCUGAGGGUUCAGUCCAUACAGGGGGACAGAAAGUACCAUGGGAGAUCUGAAACAGAUCCACACUGGAGUUCAGAGAGCAGGGAGAUCAUCGUUUCUUUGGGAAAACUGGCUUUUAACCAGCUGGAGAAAGGCAACCUGAUCUUCUACGAGGAAGACCUGGCAGACUGUGGCAUCGACAUCAAAGCAGCCUCAGUGUACUCAGGAGUGUUCACCCAGAUCUUUAAAGAGGAGUUUGGGCUGUACCAGGCCAGGGUGUUCUGCUUUGUCCAUCUGAGCAUCCAGGAGUUUCUGGCUGCUCUUUAUGUCUUUCUGUCCUUCAUCGACACUGGUAUCAAUCUGCUCUCAGAAAAACCACCCACCUCUGGGAAAGAUAAACUCCUCCUCCUCUAUCAGAGUGCUGUGGACAAGGCCUUACAGAGUAAGAACGGACACCUGGACUUGUUCCUCCGCUUCCUCCUGGGCCUCUCUCUGGAGAUCAAUCAGAUUGUCCUACGAGGUCUGCUGGGACAGACAGGAACUAGCUCACUGACCAAUACAGAAACAGUGUCUUACAUCAAGGAGAAGAUAGAUGGAUAUCUCUCUCCAGAGAGAAGCAUCAAUCUGUUCCACUGUCUGAAUGAGCUGAACGACCGUUCUCUAGUGAAGGAGAUCCAACAGUACCUGGCAUCAGGAAGACUCUCCGGAGAAUCUCUCUCUCCUGCUCAACUGUCAGCUCUGGCCUUCAUCUUACUGACAUCAGAAGAGGAGCUGGACGUGUUUGACCUGAAGAAAUACUCUGCUUCAGAACAGGGUCUUCUGAGGCUGCUGCCAGUGGUCAAAGUCUCCAAAACAUCUCUGCUCAAUGGCUGUCGUCUGUCAGAGGAAUGCUGUGAAGCUCUGGCCUCAGUUCUCAGCUCCAUCUCUAGUCUGAGAGAGCUGGACCUGAGUUCCAAUAAUCUACAGGAUUCAGGAGUGAAGCUGCUCUCUGCUGGACUGGGGAGUCCACACUGUACACUGGAAACUCUCAGGCUCAAUGGCUGUGAUCUGUCAGAGAGAUGCUGUGAAGCUCUGGCCUCAGUUCUCAGCUCAGACUCCUCUAGUCUGAGAGAGCUGGAGCUGAGUACCAAUGAUCUGCAGGAUUCAGGAGUGAAGCUGCUCUCUGCUGGACUGGGGAGUCCACACUGUACACUGGAAACUCUCAGGCUCAAUGGCUGUCAUCUGUCAGAGAGAUGCUGUGAAGCUCUGGCCUCAGUUCUCAGCUCCAACUCCUCUAGUCUGAGAGAGCUGGACCUGAGUACCAAUGAUCUGCAGGAUUCAGGAGUGAAGCUGCUCUCUGCUGGACUGGGGAGUCCACACUGUACACUGGAAACUCUCAGGUUGUCUGGCUGCCUGGUCACACAGGAAGGCUGUGCUUCUCUGGCCUCAGCACUGAGCUCCAACCCCUCCCAUCUGAGAGAGCUGGACCUGAGCUACAAUCACCCAGGAGACUCUGGAGCUGCGCUGCUCUCUGCUGGACUGGAGGAUCCACGCUGGAGACUGGACACUCUCUGUGUGGAGCACGGUGGAGUGUGGAGGCUGAAACCAGCUCUAAAGAAGUAUGCCUGUGAACUCAAACUGGACCCCAACACGGCCCACAGAGAACUCUCUCUGUCUGAGGACAACAGGAAGGUGACGUGGGUUGGAGAGCACCAGUCGUAUCCGGAUCACCCAGAGAGAUUUGACUCCCAGCCCCAGGUGUUGGGUAGAGAGGCUCUGACUGGCCGCUGUUACUGGGAGGUAGAGUGGAAAGGACAGGUUGAGAUAGGAGUGACAUACAGAGGAAUCACAAGGAGAGGACGGGGUGGUGACAGCCUGCUUGGAGAGAACAACAAGUACUGGGUUCUUUAUUGUACUGAUGGUCGUUACUCUGCCCGGUACAACGGUAGAGAGACAGCCCUCCCCCUCCCCCCCGCUGGCUCCACCAGAGUAGGAGUGUAUCUGGACCGGCCUGCUGGCUCUCUGUCCUUCUACAGAGUGUCCCCAGGUGGAGGAGGGUUCUCAGACACACUGACACACCUCCACACCUUCUGCUCCUCCUUCACCCAGGAGGACCUCCUCCCGGGGCUCUGGGUAUGGGGGCGGGGGAGCAGCGUCUCUGUGUAAGUUAUAGACACACACAGGACCUCCUCCCGGGGGUCUGGUUAGGGGGGCCGGGGAGCAGCGUCUCUGUGGUCCCUCAGCGGUUCCCUCUGGGUUGGGGUCCUCAGUGAGGCCCUCCUGGGGUCCUAGGGGGGGUUAGGAGGUGGCUCAGCGUCUUAGGACCUCCUCCCGGGGGUGGGAGUAUGGACACUUCUCAGUGUCUCUGUGUCAGUUAUAGACACACACACACACACACACACACACACACGCACACGCUGUGUUUUGGUGAUUUAUAUUCAUGUACUCAACUGAACUCCAAAUGCUACACUUUCUUGGGCUUCUUAAAGUUUAUUAACUUGAAAUGAAGAGACUUUUAAGAUCUUCCAUCAGGUUAACUUAGCAGCUUUUACAAAGACUAUUUCUACUGUCUAAUGUAUUUUAAUUAUUGAUUGAUGAUCAAUUUUAAAAAUGUUAUUCUACAAUAUUGUGUCUAUUUUCAGACGUCAACAGUUUCAUACUGCGGGGCUCUGAUAUCAGUUAUUUUGAUAAGCCUAACAUGAUGUAAAGCAGAUUUUAUCUUAUAUUCAUAAUGCAAGCGCUCUAUGGGAAAAGCUAUAGAUCAUGUUGUGAUGACUUUAAACUGAGUAUUGAUUCCUUGUGUUCUGUGGGGAA